AUGAUCAAAUCGCCCGCUGACAUCAAAACUGCACCUUUCGACCCUCGGUUUCCUAACCAGAACCAGACAAGGCAUUGCUACCAAAGUUAUUUGGACUUCCACCGAUGCCAGAAGGUGCGCGGGGAGAGCUACGAACCCUGUAAUUACUUCAAACGCGUCUACAGGUCGCUUUGCCCCAACGAAUGGGUCGACAAGUGGGACAACCAGCGCGCCGAGGGAACCUUCCCUGGCAGGAUCUAG